GCCUCUCGGGCUUCGUCGUUGACGAGUGACGAGUGUGGUGUUUCAUUUUUAGCAGGGUGAUUUUUUAUGUUGUUUGAUGUUAUAAAAGACUUUAUGAUGUAAAAUUAUAAAAUAAUUUCUUGAACAAUGGAGGAAAUAACCUCGGGACUAGAUCCCGACGAACUGAUGGAUCUAGAUGAGCCUGAAGGUUCAGAUCUAGACGAGGAUGAGGAAGACCUCAUAGACGACCAUAUUUCCUCACCGUUUAUUUUAUCAUCUGCCCCUGGAUCAACAACCAAUUCAGUUGCUUCUUCUCCAAUAAGUGAAGAGUUUCCUCCACCUUUCAGUUUUUCGGGAAAACCACUCAAUGUCAAACGGGGCCGUGGAAGACCAAGGAGAGAAGGAGGUAAGCCUGGCUUACCGAGAGUUGUAAGAGGAGGAGGAACAGGUAUGACAAGAGUUAGGAAACCUAGACCACCAGGUUUUAGUAGAAGAGGCAUGGGAAAUAGGAGUGUCAGACAACCAGACAGAUCGGAUUUUGAUUUCUCCCCCUUUACUCCAUCACCUAUUGAUGAGCAAGCUAUAUUGGAUCCAGAAACAGGAGCACUUUUAUAUCCAGAGAGAGAAAAGUUGCUUCCAUCUAUGGAAGAACCUCCGUAUUUUCCAGAACAUUGGCCUGGGAAGGUUUGUGCCUUUUGUAAUUUAGGAGAAAGGAGUCAAUUGGGACAAGGGGAAAUGCUAAGGUUGAACUGCCCAGAAGGUUUUUUGCCACACAAAGUCGCUGCAGAACAAAUUUUAGAGAAAGCCUUGCAAGCUCCUGACAAGGACAGAGGAGAUAAGAGUCCCAAGGGACCUGUAACCUGUAGAAGGCAGAAGGGUUUUAACAAAUGUAGGCAUCCAUCUAUGAAUAGUGAAUAUGUUGACGAACUUACUAUUAUUGGGUAUAAUGAAGUUUGUGAUGUAACCAGUCUAUUUGAACCAAAUGGUCAGUUCUAUGUUCAUAGGAACUGUGCUCUGUGGUCUAAUGGAGUUACACGAGCAGAAAAUUCAGCUCUGCUAGAUGUGGGUCCAGUUGUCUUACAAUGUUCUUCCAAAAAGUGUUCAUUAUGUAAUCAUUAUGGAGCUAGUGUAACAUGUAACUUGGAUUCUUGUAAUAAAGUUUUUCAUUUUCCGUGUGCUACCGCCGCUGGUGCCUUUCAGGAAAUUAUGUCGAUUUCUACUUUCUGUUCUAAUCAUAUAGGACAAGUUGCCAUGCUUAAUGAAGCUACACCUUGUUUUACAUGCCGCACUAUGGGAGAUAUAUCAAACUUAAUGUACUGCUCAACAUGCGGUGCACAUUAUCAUGGAACCUGUGUUGGUUUAGCGCAGUUACCAGGUGUUCGAGCUGGAUGGCAGUGUCGAAAAUGCCGAUGCUGUCAGGUUUGUCGGACUGUCGGAGAUGAGUCAAAAUUAAUGUCUUGCGAACAAUGUGAUAAAGUCUACCAUGCAGGAUGUCAAAGACCGAUAGUUACUUCUAUUCCAAAAUAUGGAUGGAAGUGUAGAUGUUGCAGAGUAUGCGGCGAUUGUGGAUCUCGCACGCCAGGAGCUGGUUUGUCUUCAAGGUGGCAUGCCCAUUACACAGUUUGCGAUUCCUGCUACCAGCAGAGGAAUAAAGGGUUCUCCUGUCCUCUCUGCCAUAAAGCCUACCGAGCGCAUGCUCAUAGGGAGAUGGUUCAAUGCUCUAAUUGUAAAAAAUUUGUACAUGGGACAUGCGACGCUGAAGCAGAUGUAGCUACUUACCAUCAAAAGAAAGAUCUUAACCCUGAAUAUGAAUAUGUAUGUUUACAUUGCAAAAACAGUACUGCUAGACAAAUAACUGCAAAAAGAGCAAGUAUUGAAGACUCAUCGGAUGUACCAGCUUCCCAUGAAUCUCUUUACGAUGACACCUCAGAAUUCGACCUGCCUUCUCCGGACGAAUUUGCUCGUAGUAUGGGUAUGGGCAAAGGAAAACCGUUCGCCAGCAAAAUUGCUAAAAAGCGCAUGACCUUUCCCGUUGGUGGUAGGCCAAAAGGUACAGGAAAAGUACCUCCCGGGAAGAUGGGUUUCAUGAAACGAUCUCGACUAUCGGAUUUUAACAGGAAAAGGGGCCACAAAUCAAAAAUGUGCGGUAUUUUCGGCGUACCUGGUGUUGGCCUUCAACGACCGACUGCCGAUGGAAAAAGCGACGAAGAGCCCGGCGUGGAGAAUAGAUUGGUUUUAUGUUCUGCCAAAGAUAAGUAUACGUUGACGCAAGAUAUCUGUGUCAUGUGUGGAGCGCUUGGAAUGGACCAAGAAGGAUGUUUGAUCAGCUGCGUGCAAUGCGGACAGUGUUACCAUCCAUACUGUAUCAAUGUCAAAAUAACAAAAGUUAUAUUGGAGAAGGGAUGGAGAUGUUUGGACUGUACCAUUUGCGAAGGUUGUGGUCAGCGAAACGACGAAGCUCGCCUGAUACUCUGCGAUGAUUGUGACGUAUCGUUUCAUAUCUACUGCAUGGAUCCACCACUCGACUACGUUCCUCACGGCAAUUGGAAAUGCAAAUGGUGUGCGAUGUGUCUCACUUGCGGGGCUACUGAUCCUGGUUUUAACUGCAAUUGGAUGAACAGCUCUACCCAGUGCGGUCCAUGCGCAUCACAUCUCAAUUGUCCCAGUUGUAACGAGCCGUAUGGUGAUGGAGAAUUGAUUAUUCAGUGUGUUCAGUGCGAGAGAUGGCUCCAUGGUUCCUGCGAUUGUAUAAAAAACGAAGACGAUGCCGAAAAAUGCGCAGAAGACGGUUACAACUGCAUCCUUUGCCGACCAAGAGAUGUACCACCGCCUCAUCUUGUACCACCACCACCCGCUCCAAAACCACCAACUCCUACGAAGAGUCCUGAAGUUGGGAAAAGUUCGAGUUUUUAUUUGGACGGCGUUUACCUAAGCGAGAUGGGGAAUAGCUUUAUUAAAUCAUUAGCUUUGGAACAUCAUGCCUCGCGAAAGAAACGGAAAAAACUUCCUACGGUGCAGGAUAAAGAAGCCGGUAUUAUGGCUACAAUUGAAUCUGUUAUAGCAGGCGGAAAUUCUGGGGGAGCCACUGCUUUAGAUGACAGCGCUAAACUAGAAUUGGUCGACGUCAAAGACGAGCCUCAAGAGCUAUACAAAGAAGGCAUGAUUUGGACAAAAGAGGAUGGUCCCGCACCUGAAGGUUUCACGGUGUUCACGAUGGAGAGCGGAAUCAGUGUCUUAAGGCGCAAGAGACAACGGAAUCUACAGAAACUAGGCAUAGGUGGUUUUCUAGUCAGAAUGAGAGGCAUUCGAACCGGUCAGGAUAACGAUGAAAUCGAUUCCUCGGUAAUCCAAUCUGGCAGUGCCACACCUACAGAGCUCCUACCUCCCAUGCCCGUUGACGGAGAUAAACCAAAAAGAAAACCGAUUAGAAGAAAACCGAAAAGCAAGCUAGCUGAAACUUUUCCGGCGUACUUACAAGAAGCCUUUUUCGGUAAAGAUCUUUUAGAAACCGUUGAUUGUAAAAAAGAAGUUGACAGUUGUAGCAGCGAUGACGAAAAAUCUGUCAAGUAUAAAUCUAUCAAUUUGUCUCAGGAUGAACUGAUGGCUGUAGCUGCAGUCUCGAGCAAAAGUGAAAAGCAAGCAAUAGCCAGUAUUAAAGACUCACUGAAGGAUAUUAAAUCAUCUUCAAUGAUAAAGGAAGAAGACGACGAUAAUACAGAAGACUUAAAAGACGUGCUUGCCUUACCAGGUGAUUUACUUGAUGCAGAAAUAGUCAAUAGCAUUAUGGAAGAUGACGACGAGCUUACUAAAAAUACAGAAUCACUGGAUGCUUUAGAUACCAACCUGCAAGAUGCUAAUGAGUUGGCUGAUACAUUGGGCAGCUCUGGAAAUUCGAAAGAAACCAAAGAUGAGUUAAGUGAUAUUUUAGGGCCACAUUUUAAUUUGGAAUCGAUUUCUAAUAUCAACAGCAAGGACGUAGAAGACAUAUUUAAGGGUGUAUUGACUGAUGAAUCACAGGAAUCACAAGAGAGCAGCAAUUUCGCUCUACAAGGAAGUAAUCUAUUUUCCAACAAUACUCCUCAACAAAGUCUAGCUCAGCAUUCCAUGAUGACCUCUGCUGUUCGUCCUAAAACGUUACCCAAUGUGAGCCAAGUUAAUUUGAAUUCACCAGUAGGAUUUCCUCCACCAUCACCCUACCACUCAGAAUAUAGCAAUAGCCCUCAGUUCAGUCCUGCUUUUACGGAAUCUCCUAACGCUUGGGUGGGAGUUCCCGAAACUCCUGAAAUAGACAGUACCAAUGUCGGAGUUCCUUCAACGUACAAUCAGCGUUCCUCGGAAAAGAUGAAAGCCGACGAAAGUUUGGGCAACGGUGCUACCAUCUCAGCCGUUCUAUAUGCUAAUAUGAAUCAUCCAGAAUGGAAGAAAGAUUUCCCGGUUUGGUCUGAUAGGUACAAGCAAAUAAUCAAGAAGUGGAGGACACUAAGUCAAGAACAGAAAGCUCCGUACCUUCAACAUGCCAGAGAUAAUAGAAGCCAAUUGAGAAUGAAGAAAGCCCAGCAGUCACAGACCUCCAAGGAGUCCACCGCAUCCACAUCAACCCCCAACGUGACCAAGCCAGUCCAUGCCGUCCCAGCUCUAGUGACCACCCUCCAGGCAGUAUCGCAGCAGCCCGUGGGGGUGACUACAGCCCCCACGGCUCCCAUUACAGAGGAUCAAGAGAAGAUGGCGCUGCAACAGAAAUCCGCCAGGGAAGCCGAACAAGAAAGGCAAUGGAAGCAGCUUCAGGCUAUGAGGCAGCAGCAGACGCAGCAGCAACAGAAUAUUAUACACGAACAACGUGUUCAGGCCAUCGCCAGAGUCCAGAGAUCAAUAUCGGUGGAUCCAGCUCAGCAGUUUUUGUCGGACCAACAAAGUCCCUUACAACCAAGUACGCCUCAGGAGCUUAGCCCGUCUGCUACGCCAACACCAAGCCCAAGACAGUUCAUAGGAAUGAAAUCCCCGACCUUCCCUCUUCCUUCACCAGUGCCUCAGACAGCAAUCAGACCUCCUACACCCUCCCAUUCUCCACAUGAUGUAAGUCAGGCAAGCACCUCUGACGGUAAUGAUCACUUUAUUCAGUCACCUUCUACUCCUAAACCUAGUUUUCCUAAUAGAUUACCUACAGAUCAAUUUAUCCAUCAACCUGCAACUCCUAGGCCCCAGUUUGGAAUACAACGGCCAACUUUACAGAACUUUGGUAAUACGAUGAGGACAGACCAGCAAGAUAUUAAUAUCAACCGACAGUUGAGAGAUCUCCUACAGCGACAACAAGUCAAAAAGUUGGAUGAAAUGUUACCAGGUAAAGUUCAACAACAAAGAGUGUGGCCUCCAAUUGAACAACAAGAAAAUGAGGCCUCAGCAACUACUGGUACUUCGGCAGUUGUGGCUACAACAGCAGAUACCACUUUCAGGCAACCAUUGCCGCCCAGUAUUGUACGACCUAGAGUGGCUCUUUCUUUAGCUGGUCGAGCAGGUCCUGGUACUAUUAGGGUUGGCCAGUUAGACGCCCGAAUGCAAGGCCUGGAUCCUAGAAUGAGAUUGAUUUUACAACAGCAAGUUGGCCAACAACGGUUAUCUGCGGGAAUUCAACACCAGUUCGUACGGUUUACCUCGACGCCAGCCCGCCCCACGACCUUAGAUCAAUAUGAACAACUACUCCACAGGCCCAGUCCUACCCAGAUCCGGGCACCUGAUCAGCAAAACGCACCUCGAAUGACUUUGAAUCAAGCGAGCGUCAUUCAAAGACCGCAACUUGUGCAACCUACUCCAACUACUCCUGCAACUAGUGCUGCUGAUAGCAAUCCCAGUGAAGAAGGUAUUCCCGAUAAUGUUACUGCUGAACUGGAGAAGCUGGAACAAGAAACAGGUACUAUGGUAGAGUUACAAGGUGUCAGUGAGAUCCUCGGAGGACUGGGAGACGACGACGAUGAACUGUUAGCUGAAAUGGGUGCCGAUUUCAAUAUUCUAGAGUAUGCCGAUCCCGAGCUAGAAGCUUUAACAGGCGGCAAGACAAAUAUAUUAGAUCUGGAACUCGAAGAAGAACCAGUGAAGAAAGAGAAAAUAGUAUCCAGUGCAGAAAACCAACCGACUAAUCAAUCAGUAAACGUAAUUUCGAGCCCUGUGAAACCUAAACAAGAACCAGUUGAAACGCCUACUCCAAAACCAGAGCCCGCUUCCCUACCGCCGCCACCUCCUCCUUUGGCGUUGCCUCAACAGCAGCAACCGGCGCCUGUCCAACAUACGCCGCCCGUCGCUAUUCAACAACCAACUCAACAUCCGCCGCAAGUACAACCUACGAUGCACUUGACGCCCCAACAGAUUCAUCAGCAGAUGGUACACCAGGUUCAACAGGCAGCAGCUCAAGGCAGACCCAUGCCACCGGGGUCAAAGAUGCAAACUCCUGAUGGAUUUAUUGGUAUUGUAAUGCCUAAUAAUAGUGUGCAACUACAGAUACCUCAAAACUAUCAACAGCGACUAUUACUGUUACAGCAACUUCAAAAUCAAAAGCUUCAAAUGCGCGUAGGCACUACCACUCCACGAGUAGCGGUGGUGGCACAGAGUCAGCUACCAGUCGGUUUGGCGACCGGCCCCAGGAUGGUGGCGGCACCACCGCCUCCACCACCCCCGCCGUACCCAGGUCCACCGCCGCCUUAUCCAGGAAACGCGGCACAGCAUCAACAGACGGGAUUGAGAAUGGGGCCUGGUCUUCUCCCAAUGGGACAUUUUCAUCCCAGUACACUGCAGGGUUUUCCCAUGCAUCCACACUUGCAGCGGAGACCUCUUCUCCUUGAGGAACAACCCCUCUUGCUGGAGGACCUACUCGAACAAGAGAAACGGGAACAAGAGAAGUUGCAGAACCAACCUUCUAGUCAAGAAGUGUCUUCAUCAACUGGAAACGAAAGUGAAUCGGCGUUGCUCAGCGACCACGAUUUCGAGAGACUAAAGGCAGACGUAUUCAAUACCGGACCUGUCACCAGUUUACCGUCAACAAUAACUAAUCAAGGAACUACUAGCCAUACAAACCAACCAUGGCAACAGUUACAAAAUCGGCAGAUCCCUGCCCCACCGGCACAACCAACUAUGGAGGUGACAACCAGGGUACAAAUGUUUAAUGCCAAUCUAAUUGCUGCACCACCAUUGCCUCCGGAAAAUAUUGUCACGGAACAAGACAAACAGACUCAGAUGAUGUAUGAACAGUGGUUGAAUCAUCAGAACAAUGUUCUAGCCCAACAGUUGCGCUACUACGAGACUGAGGUACAGAAACUUAGGAAGAGCAGAAAGUCACUGAAUAGCAAACAGAGACAGUUGAAGAAAUCUGGUAACCAGCUGACCGACACAGAUGCAGCCGAACUCCAGAGAAUAUCAGGGGAACAAGCUAUUUUACAGAAACAUCUAGAAUCGAGCAGAAAACAGAGUCGACAACACGGCAUGUUAAUACAGGAAUACAGAAACAAGCAUCCUGCACCGAAGCAGCGGGUAGAGCAGAUCCAAUCGCCUUUGGGACCACCGUCGUCUUCACCCUUGCAACACCCAAGUACGUCGCAGUCGCCCAUGCUGUCGCCAUCUUUAUCGCCUCUGACACAGCAUAAUUCUCCUCUGAACAGUCCGGGACCGCUGAUUUCGUCGUCGCCAGGAUCUGUAUCGGUUCAGAACAUUUUGCAGAGCCCGAACAGUAUGCCCACGAACAGCAUGUCGCCUUUACAAUCGUCCUCGAUGCAAGCGUCACCUAUGCAGCAGAGCCCCAUGCAGCCGUCUCCCAGGAUAGGAACACCGCAUUCUCAAAGUGAAGAGAGUCCUGGAUCAGCGCAGUCACCAUCUCAUGUGUGCCUUCCCCCACCAAUGCCAAGAAUGACAAGUCCUCAACACAGACGAGUAGUAACUAGUCCGGUUGGUAUGACGCAGAUGAGAUUCGUAAGCAAUCAAGUACUGCAACAGCGAGUGCGGAUGCAAUCGCCCAUACAAAACUUUCAACAAAAACCUGCUACACCAUCUCCGUUAAAUAGCCCUACAUCUCAAACAAUGAAUGUAAGCCAACAACUUCAGUUACAUAAACUUCAACAGCAACAAAGCAUGCUACAACAACAACAGAGUCUGGAUGGUAAUCAAGGUGACCCCAAUAUUAUCCACUCACAGCGAACUACCCAACUUUUACAACACAGAAAUUUUAUUAGACAGCAGGUUGCUCAGCAACAACAGAUAGGCCAGCCUCAGCCUUUAACGCCUCAACAACACCAAAUAAUGCUCCAACAGCAAAAGCAAUUAGCUCAACAACAGCAGCAACAAAUAGCGCAGAUGAACGCAGCUAGGUUACAGCAACAAAAUAAUCCUCCUCAUUCACCAAUGCCUCCAAAAAGUCCUAUGAUCAAUCAACAAAUUAUGUCACCACAUUCUAUGCCCCCGUCUCCUAUGCAAAUGCCACCGAAAAGCCCCAUGGUGUCUUUUAGUUCUUCUAACCAACCAAAUCCUAACUCCCCUGCGGCAAGGAGCCCUGCUUUUCACCAAGGAUUAAGUCAAACUCCCACCAGUCCUAUGACUCACCAGCCACCGUCUCCAAUGCCUAGAAGUCCAAUGGUUAAUCAAACACAGUCGCCACAUAGUAUGAGAAGACCACCGAGCGCUAAUAGUAGCCCUGCUAUGCCAGAUAGGCCACUAAGUGUUGAAAAUCCUUCACCGAGAAUGUCUUAUUCAAUCGACCAUUUAAUGCAAGAUACUUUACACAGUCAGAGUAGCCAUAAUUCAAUGCAGUUUACUGAUAAUUUCACGACUGAUAUGAAUGUUCAAAAUAGUAUCAGAGAAAACAUGCAAAGUGGAGGAGGGAAUCCCAAUAAUCCAUGUAACCCAAUACCUCUACCACCUGAAUAUCCUAGAUUUAGAUAUUUUAAACUAGGUUUGCGAGGUGGUACACCAAUGUGGGGGUUUGGAAGAGGAGCAAAACGGAUACCUACUCCCCCAAAUGCUCCAACUAAACCGGAAGAAAAAAUGGCAAACCAAGACAGUAUGAUGUUACAAAAGAUGAAAAAGGAGCCUCAUUUAAGCAAAGUUUCUAUCCUAAAAAGAAAAGUUGGAGCUGGAAGUGGAAAAAUUGGCUCUCUUGUUAGUACAGAUUACAAUGAUAUGGACGAUAGCUCAUCCACACCUCCUAUAACUCCUCCAUUAGCUACUACAAGUCGAGGAGGCAUACCAAAAACAUUACCCAAAAAGAUUUUGGAGAAUCAAAGCAGCAAGGAUUCCGUUAUUGUCAUGCACAGCCCAGAGGACAAACAACUUGAUAUGAUGGAUUUUGACGAUGACACCAAUACUGUUUUAUCAGCGGAAGUGUCUCUAAGUUCUGCAGCUCAAAAUGACGAAGAUAUGUUGGAAAUGGAGACACUAUCACAACAAGAUUUAGCCGAAGGAUUAUCUAGUCCCUUGGAACCUGAUCAAAUAGCAGAUGAAUAUUUACUAUUUCCUGGGAAUAUGGUAGUUGACAUGUCUGCAGGAGAACAUUUUUCCGAAAAAGAGGAGGAAGAAGAAACCGUAGAUGAAGAAUUCAACGAUGAAAACAUGCAUAUUAUGAUUCGCAGUCCUACAACCAGUGACUAUGAAUACAUAAUGCAAAGUAAGGGUAAGAAGUAUAACGUAGGUGUUCAUGAUGAAAAUGAUGAGAUGCCCGAAUCUCCAGAUCAGGAAGACUUGGCUGUACCGUCACCUGAAGUUUCGGACUUGUUGACAAAUUACGAUGAAAAUGAUGUUUUAAUGGGCGAUCAAAGUAACAGCACACCUGAAGAAUCAAUUUCUACCAAAGAAGACUUCGAAGAGUUGAUUGAUGAAGGCUCACGUAAGAACAGCAUAACGAAGUCAGAAGUAACAACUAAACAGAUCAAUGAAUUCCACAAAUACGCAGGGAUAUUUAAUUAUUCCAAAGGAGUUGUUCAAGCGACCCAGAAUCAGACAGCUUUAAAUAAAAUUACGGGCGUAGCUAACAAAAAAGCACCUGCAAAAAUAUCACUCGUAGCGGGUCCUAUUGUACAUAAUCUAUCAACUGGGAAGGUCAAUCCCGAAAAAUUGAUAAUCACUCAAAAUCCAAAUAUUUUAAAUACCUCACAAGCUGCUAAAGUUACAAGUAUUAUUCUUACUCAUAAUUCUGCGGUACGAAGAAAUGUUCUUAAUGUACCAAAGAUUGUAAGUACGGUAUCUCCAGCUAUUACUAUAGUAAAUGCUACCACAUCUCAAAUGGCUUCUAUACUACCGUCCAAAUUCACGGUACCUGUGAUAAGUGCCAGUGCUGUGCGACAACUUUCCAACGUAAAAGUGAUGGAUAAACCAUCUUCAUCAUCACUAUCUAUUUCUACACGCGACAAUGUUUUACCUAAAAAGAUAUUUGAAGAUGAUUCCGUCUCACCUGACAGUUCUAAUUGCGAGGACGAUAAAUCAAAAGAUUCAUUCGAUGAGAAAGCAAAAUUGGAAUCUCCUUCGCGAGAAAUAAAACCUUUAUUAAAAUCAGACGCAUCUUCGUCGAAUACAAUCAUCUCAAGAAGUUUAGAAUAUAAAACACAUGACCAGCAAAAGAAAGCUGAACAUCUUCAGGUCAUGAAUAUAAUUCAGAAACAGAGAGUACCUAGUCCGCUAAUGCCAAAGUCUGCUUCGCCUGUGAUUAUACACAAUACUCCCGAAUUGAAGAUGACUGCGCAAGUCAUUCAAGAGACACAAACUCGUAUGAAGAUGACAGCCACUACAGAAACUUUGGAUGCAUAUGACGGUUCAGUAGAUGAUACGAAGUCUGUUGUGAUAUCGAUUCCUUCUCCUACUCCAUCUCAAGAACAAAUGUUGGACAAUAUCGCCUACCAGGCUUUGGAAAAUAGGAGAAGAGAAUUUGAUUCUAUCGAAGAUGUAUUAGAUAUGAUAGAAAAUAUCACUGCAGAACCACCUGCCAUUUUAGAAGAAAAUGUACCUGUACAAAAUACUAAACGUAAUACGACCACUGAAUCAAAAGAAAAGGAUAUUGACAAACCAAAACCAGAAAUAGCAAAUAUACCAGUAAGUGUAAGUACUAAAUCUUCUGCAGUGCCACAACUUUCACCAUUGUCGCAACCAACAGAUUUAACUAUGAACAUGGCAAAUGCUUCCCAGCAACUAAGAUCAUUGUUGUCUUCACUGCAAACUACUUCGACGUCUUCCCCAACUAACGUAGAAUCAGUAGUUAAAAACUUCGGCCACAAAAUUAGCAGCAGUGCUUCUCCUACAGCCACCCAACCUAUUGUUGCGUCUAGAGUUAUACAGCAGGCUGGUAGACAGUCGCCAGUGGUAACAACUGUGAACACUGUAAUCGUACCGAAUUUAAAACAAAAAGUUACAGUUACCACUGCGAGCAGUUCUAGAAAUAGUCCAGUAAAGACUCAAGUUGUGACUACUCAACAUGUACCAUCUUCGGCUAUCAUUACAUCAACAAUAAACUAUAUACCAAAUAGAACAAUUGCUAGUAUGCAAGUUAUGGCAGAACAUCUCAAAUUCUCAUCUGGUAGUAUGUCUAUAACAACUCCUUCAGUUUCCACUCAGCAAGCAAUUGCUAAAACUACAAUUCAUAAUGAAAGUAAGAAACCUUCAUUAACAUUAACGGCUAUGCUGCAAAAUCAGCCGGCUGCUAAUAUGAUUACUAAAUCUUCAGCGGAUACGAUUACUGCAGCCAGCUUGCUCGGAUCACCUAUUAGUUUGCCUAAAGCUGGCUUAACGUCCUUAGUACAAGCGCAACCUACUGUUGUCGUUCCCGUCAUAACUACUUCAAUGAUAGCAUUACAGACUCAGCCAUCUAUAGUUUCUACUGUCAAAAGUGCACCAAUGAAAACAAAUGCAGAUACUAUAACGGCCGCAAGUCUCUUAAGUUCAAGCUCUGUUAACAUAGCAAAAACCGGUAUUACAGCUGCUUUAUUACAAGCUCAACCGAAUCCAACUCUUAGCUCUUUAUCUACUGCAACACCUCUAACGCAAACCUCUAAUAAUAUUAUAACCAGCUCGACCCACAGAGUUCCUACUUCUACCACAAAUCUUUUACACACUCAGCUAACCAAAGUAGUGAGGAGUAAAUCAGUUGAUGACAUCAAAGAGAUCAAACAAGAAGAUAUAAAAUCGGAAUCUAUGGAUACCGGUGUUGAUGACAAUAAAUUUUCACUUAUUUCACCUAGUGGCUGUAAAAUGUCAACAAUUCAGAAUCCAAUACUAAAUAAAGCAGAUGAUUCGCAAAAUGUUCUGCUGAAAAAGCUGCUACAAAACACUGCUUGUGCUAGCACACAGUCACCACCUCCUACUACAGCAAGCACUGUUACAACUAUUUGUCCCGCACCUAAACUUCCUAUUAGAGAAACAUCUUUUGUUUCUAGCCCGAACGUAGAACCACCAGUAUCUCAACCGAGUGUUGCUGCUGUUGUGCCUACUCAGCCUUUGCAAUUGGAGAUUAAAAAAUGUUUGCCACCUAGUAGAAGUUCUAGUAGAGAUGAUUUGUUGUCUCCCCAAACUCCCAGAUCCUCUACUAAUAGUCAAGAUUCUAGUUUACAAACUCCUCCGAUAAUAAAGAAAGAAAUAGUUUCUAUUCCACAACCCCAGCCUAGUCCAAUUCACACACCACAAGAAGUCAAAAAGGAAAUUAUGGAUGAGUCGUCGCAACAUUCUGAGGUUUCUGAUUACAGUCGACCAGAUGUUCCUAUAAAAGAAGAAACAGAAAUGGCUGAUAUUGCAAUAGAAAAGCCAGUGCUUGAUAAGGAAGAGUUAAAGAAACAAAAGAGGCGGAUGUAUCAACAGAAAAGGCGGCAGAACCAAAUACUUAACAAAGAAUUGGCUGGGCAACCUAAGAAACGACCAAGAAAAAAUUCGAAAAUAGAAGAAGACUAUGAUACUUAUAUAGAUGGAGUGUUGGCUCAACUAAGGCAGUUACCUGGAAUUACAGUGUCUGAACCGGUAUUAAAUCGUAACCAUGGUAUAGUCUCACUUUUCGGGUCUGGAGAUAUGUCCAAACUUGGAACAAAAGGGUACUCUACUCAAUUUGGGGAUUUAGACGGGAAAUAUGGCUAUGCUGAACUGCCAGGUUAUUCAGAUUUUUAUUCCACCAAACCUUAUGGAGAUCUGGAUCCUAUACCGGAAAAACCACCCUCUUCUACCCAAAGAGGUUUCUACGAUCAAGAAUUCCCAUUGAUACGGUUUGACACAGACGAUCAUAAGAAAUUCGACAUGUUUUGUAGGGAAGAUACUCCAGAUUCAGUACUCAGUAGUUCAUCUCCGGAGUGUGUCCAAGUAGAUCCAGAGGGUAGAUUUAUGGGAUUAAGACUUAUUAGCGAUAGUGAAGGCGAGGACGAGGACAAUGAAAUAGAAAGGGAAAUACAGCAAGCUAGAGAUAGACUGUCGCCGAUAGUACCUAUGAUCAAACCAGUACCAAUUAGAUUGAAACCAGUUGGAGGAGUGCUUGUUAAGGAAACUCCCAGUGAUAACAAAGAAAACAUCAAUACAGAUAGUCUUAACAUAAUGACAAAGAUCAAAUCUGAAAGCAAACCUUUAUUACCGACGAAGGAUUCAGGACAUGUUACCGUGACAUUAACACUGACUUCAUCGGCCGCUGAAGACAUAAUGGGUGUGCUAAGGGACUUAGCAAACAUUCUACAAAUUCCAGCUCCUACUAGUUAUCAAAUAGUAGAAAGGACAACAACUCCUCCCAGCCAGAAGCUCGGACUCUACAGGACCAAGGGCAAAGACGGUAAAGAGGGAGCGCCAAUAGACAUUCAAAGUAUUCUUAAUGGGGCUACCAAGUUCUGUAAACACUGUGAUGUAAUUAUUUUAAGCAAUUUGAUAAGGAGAAAGGUUUCCGACCUUCCUUUCUUGGCCAAAGACUCGGAACUUUUAAGCGACGGAGAGGAACUAUUCUUCUGUAGCUCGACUUGCUACAUGCAGUUUGCCCUAAUGCAUAGAUCUCCUUCUAUCUCCGAAGAUAAGGCCGCCGAAAUAAUCAACCAUUUAUCUCAGAAAGAUAACGAGACAAAACAGAAAAUGCAGAUGAUGGAACCGUUUGACAAUAAAUCAAUAAUAGCUCAAAGACUCUCGUUCACUAAUCGAGAAAUGAAGAAAGAAUAUGAACCAAUGGACACCAACGAUUACUAUUCCUACUUGCAUAAUAACGCAGAGAAUAAACCGAAUCGGUUUUAUGACGGUGCUUACAGACCGAUGCCGGUUAGCAGAAUCUACAAGAACAUCAGAUAUAAGGUUUGGUCGCCUGGAUGUUUACAACCGAAUCAGAAACAUAAGAUACCUACGGAUAAAGAAAUCAUGGAGUUGUUGUAUAGAAUGCAAAUAACAGUCACGCCGCCAGUUAUGCCGGAUGAUACAAGAAAGUGCAUGUUUUGUCAGGGUGUUUGUGAUGGAGUAGCUGAUGGCACGGCAAGAUUACUUAACUUUGAAGUUGAUAAAUGGGUUCACUUAAAUUGCGGUCUUUGGUCUGACGGCGUAUACGAAACGGUGAAUGGGGCGUUAAUGAAUUUGGAGAAUGCUUUACAAACAAGCCUAACGACGCCCUGCGUACAUUGCAAUAUGUUAGGUGCUACUAUAAGAUGCUUCAAAACGAGAUGUUCCAGUGUGUACCAUCUGAAUUGUGCAGUAAAAGACAAUUGUGUAUUUUUCAAGAACAAAACUGUCUAUUGCAUAGCGCAUGUCCCUAAGAACGAAAAGGACAACGAGUUGACGACGCUCUCUGUAUCUAGAAGAGUUUAUGUUAAUAGAGAUGAAAACAGACAAGUCGCUGCUGUGAUGCACAGCUCAGAUACUGACGAUCUAUUAAGAGUUGGUAGCCUCAUAUUCCUAAAUGUUGGUCAACUAUUACCACAUCAGCUACAAAAUUUCCACACUUCCAACUACAUAUAUCCGAUAGGCUACAAGAUAAUAAGGUUCUAUUGGAGUAUGAAAUCUUUAAACAAACGGUGCAAAUACAUCUGCUCUAUCCACGAACAAUUUGGAAAACCUGAGUUUAGGGUCGUUGUUCAAGAACCUCCAGAAGACGAUAUAGAGUUUGUAGAUCCGACUCCCAAAGGUGCUUGGCAAAGGAUCCUUGACCAAAUCGCCUUCCUUCGCAAAGAGAACGAAUGUUUACAGAUGUUCCCUAAAUUCACGACUGGAGAAGAUCUUUUUGGUCUCACCGAACCCGCCAUAGUAAGAGUACUGGAAAGUAUGCCAGGUAUAGAGACCUUAGCCGAUUAUAAAUUCAAAUAUGGACGUAAUCCCUUAUUGGAACUUCCUUUGGCGAUCAAUCCCUCGGGAUCUUGUAGGACUGAAUCGAGGUCGAGAACUCAGUUGCAUUGGAAAAAACAUCACACUCAACGGACUACGCUGUCUACAGCUCGACCUAUAUUUGGUCCUUCGCCUUCCGGCCCAACUCCAAGUACUCCAACGUUUGGUGAGCUGUCGUGUCCUUACAGCAAACAGUUUGUUCAUUCGAAGAGCUCACAGUACAAAAAGAUGAAGCAGGAAUGGAAGAAUAACGUAUAUCUUGCUAGAUCGAAAAUUCAAGGGUUAGGUCUAUAUGCUGCUAGAGACUUAGAAAAACACACUAUGGUUAUUGAAUAUAUUGGAGAAAUUAUAAGAACAGAACUGGCUGAAAGCAGAGAAAAACAAUAUGAAGCAAAGAAUCGAGGUAUAUACAUGUUUAGACUAGAUGAAAACAGAGUGGUAGACGCUACGUUGAGUGGUGGCUUAGCGAGAUAUAUAAAUCACUCUUGUAAUCCCAAUUGUGUAGCUGAAACCGUGGAAGUAGAACGUGACGUAAAAAUUAUUAUUUUCUCCAAGAGAAGAAUUAUGCGAGGAGAGGAGCUGGCUUAUGAUUACAAAUUCGAAUUCGAAGACGACCAGAACAAGAUUUCCUGCAUGUGCGGUGCUCCGAACUGCCGAAAAUGGAUGAACUAAGACCUUUGUAUACAAUUGUUGCAAUAUGAAUUAGGAUUAUCGUAUGUAAAUAAUGUAGUUUAAAUGUAACACUUUUGUAUGUUGGUAUACGACUGUUUAUAGUGCCAUUUUUAUCAAAAUGAGUUUUAUACACAUUCCAUACACAUUCAUUAUAAAUAUAUGGGCAAGACCAGAGAAAGAAACAAAUAGUCGAGGGGGGUUUAUAUUUAUUUUAGCGAUUUUGCAAGUGACGGUUUUACUGUGUACCAGUUUUUUAAAUUUGUACCUGUAUAUGUACAUGAUUUUUUUUUCUCAUUUCCAAUUAAUUAGAGUAGGUAUUAAACAUUUUGUAAUUUAUUUCGUUUAUUUUUUUUACUUUUGUGUUUUAUUUUUUAGGCAGUGUUUCAUUUUUGCGACACUAACCGUAUUUUAUUUAUAUUUCCUCAAUCUAAUAGUUCAAAGUUUUAUUAUUUCAAUAUUUUGCUUCAAUUUUAAUCACAACACCUUUAGAGUUAAAAGCGGGAAGUUAUUAAUCUGUUUGUAGAAACAAUAUUUCAAUUUUUCUUCUUCCUCUUCUUCUUCUUGUGUAGACAUGACUCUUGUUUGACAGACUGACUCAUGUCCGCUUUUCACCGCGCCUCCAACAAGUUGUCAUUCUAUCGUUUUCGUGGCCUUCCCACUAAUCGUCUUCCUAUUGGGGAACCGUCGCUCGCCAUCUUUACUACUCCAUUUGUUGCCAUUCGGCUUACAUGAUCGUUCCAUUCUUCCAUUCUAUUUCUUACUCAGUCCUUAUGUUCUUCACUUUGUAGUGAUGUUUCAAAACCUCGUGAACCUCGUAAAUACGCAAGCCCGAAAAAAUAAAUAGACCCUAAAAACAUGCACCAUUUUAAUUUCAUAAGAAAUUAGGCGACAGAGUAGGAUUUGCACAUGCUAAUGAUGUCGAGUAUUUCCAAUAAACAUGAGAUAUUAUGUUUCUCUAAUCUUAAACAUUCCAGUUAGUCAUCGCAUUUUUAUUUUAUCUCACAUUGAAAGAUUUCUAUCAUAUGCUUUCUCAAGAUCAAUGAAUACCAUAUGAGCGUUUGUUUCUUUACUCCUGUAUUUUUCCAUCAACUGCCUUAUAAUGAAAAUUUCAUCUGUUGUUGAUCUACCCUGCAUAAAGCCAAAUUGAUUCUCGGAUAUUUCGGUCUCUUCGCGUAUCCGUCUAUCAAUUACUCUUUCCCAUAUUUUCAUGGUGUGGCUAAGCCGUUUUAUGGCCCUGUAGUUUGUACAUUGUUGUAUAUCUCCCUUGUUUUUUGUCCCUUGUUUUCCAUUUGUCCAACUUCCAUAAUUCUAUUAAAUAGUCCUGCUAGCCACCUUGUUCCUCUUUCUCCCAAUGCUCUCCAUACUUCCCCAGGAAUAUCAUCUGGUCCUACCGCUUUUCCUUUCUUUAUUUUUUGAAGCGCUUGAGCCACUUCCUCGUUGGUUAUUUUGGUGACCAUUGCUGCUACUGUAUCCGUUGACUCUACAGGCUGUCUGUCAAAUUCUUCAUUUAAUAAGCUGUCACUGACCAUAGGACAAAUAAUUCAAUUUUAAGAGAGCUAAAAGUUAGCCAACGACUCUCCAGUAAAGUCCAUCUCCAACAAUUAAAAUACUUUACUUUGGAUAUGUUAUGAGAACAAACACAGAAAACAUGGAAAGACUCAUUAGACAAGGAAAGGUGGAAGGCCGAAGAUCUCGAGGAAGAUCCCCAACAAGAUGGAUCGAUCAAAUUACAGGAAUAUGCAAAAGACCUAUGCACGAGUUAAAAGAAAUGACCAGAGACAGAGAUCUUUGGAGACGGACAAUACACGACAUCACGUCGACCACUACACUCCUUCCGGAGGGUCAGGAUUGAAGAGAGAGAGUCACCAAAAAUAGGUUGAAUCACCAGGUUGAACAACAGUAAACUAACUGAAAUUUCCAAUAGCCUAUUUUAAAUUUGUUAAUAAAUCUUUUCACUUGGUUUAACUUGGUUUAACUUUUCACAAUCGUUGGUUAUUAGAAUAUUUUUAUUGUCUUAAACUAACAGGAUAACUGAAUGAGGGCAUAUACAAACCUACCAAAUUUCCAAAGUUUAAAACAGUACCCGCAGAUUGUGGAUCUUCUUCUUCAGUACCCUGUCCGAUUAUCAAACGUUGCGAUUAUAUUGGCAAUAAAACCUUCGGUUACAGCAGCUCUACACAUAUUAACGGUAGUGUCUUGAUAUCACUCUCGCGAGAGUUCGGAGCCAGGAUGUUCUUCUGCCUGGGCCUCUUCUUCCGGUGAUCUUGCUUCGUAGUAUAAGGUGUAGAAGGUUAUAUCCCCCAGGCAACCAAAUAACGUUGAAAAAACGUCAUAAUUAUCACCAAACAACGUCAGUUUAUCACGUUUUUUCGACGUCGAAAGUGACGUGAAUAUGUCCCACCAUAAUUGACGUCAUUUUUAUUACCUUUUAAAUACGUGAUAUCAAAAACGUAGUUUUUAUGUCUUUUUUAGAUUAUGUUUCAUUUUAUGGUUUUAAAGAUUCACAAUAAUUAUUCAUAUGGGCAUUGUUGGCAUUGUAAUUUUUCAUUUAACCGUUUUAAAAAGCAAAUUGGAAGACUCUCUAAAAUGUAUAGAAUUACAAUAUCCUCAAUGCAACAUACCUAUAGGUAUAGAAUUUUUACUUUUUAUAUAUAUUUACCGUGUCAAAAUUGAAACAACAUAUAAACUAAUAAAUAAUUUAUUGUUAAUUUAAUUAAACUCGAUAACACAUCCAAAACAAAUUAAAACAUAACCUCAACCGUUUUCAAGAAGAAUUAUUGUAUUAAACUUACUCACUCGAGAAAAACGAAUGAAAAUCUCUUAAUUAACACGUUUCUUCAACUAAAUAUCUAAAUGAACAGUCUUAUUUUACCACACAAAGCACCUAAACAAUAAAUGAAACACUUCUUAAUAGAAAUUGUUUGGUUGGGGUUGGAGCAACGGGUUGGAGUCAUAAGCAUUAAGUUUUAAGCUCCUUCCAAUUUUGUGACGUCAGAUUGUCCGACUUGGGCUGCCUGAACUGAAAACGUGUUUUUAGGCGUAUGUUAACGUCAACAUAUUUAAAAGACGUUUAUACGACGUAAUCUUGAAACACGUAUAUAUAUUCCAUCAAAAACUGACGUUUCUUCGACUUUCUUGACGUUACUUGGUUGCCUGGGACCUCUCUGGAUGUCUCAUUACGUGACCGAAAUGUUGUAACUUUCGAAUUUUUAUGGUUUCUGUUAUAUGUAUCUUAUUUCUGGAUUUUCUACCUUUUCGAAAUAAUAUUCCGAAAAAUCUUUAGCUACAUUUAGGUAAGAUGUAAAUCUUGCUGUAAUAUAAAUAGACAAAAGGAAAAUAUUCUGGAUUAUUUUUUUCUUACUCUGUGGCUUAUUAGCAAACUGCAUUGCACAUAUUACGUAAAAAAAUAUCUUUAUACAUCGUAGAAUUAAUUUUUUGCCUUGCAGUUUUAAGAUAUUACGCAACUUUUACUUCUAUACGGUAAAGUAUGUUGAUAUACAAUAAUUAUACAACAUUUAGGGACCAAAUAAGAAAUACUGUCGUAGUCUUUUUGUGAAUAAAUAUGUUGAAUGUUUUUUCAUAUUAUGUAACUUAUUGGAUAUUAUUAGUCCCUAUUUUGGAUCAAUUUGCAAGUUGUUUAAUAUAUCUGAUAUCCUCGACAGUCUAUUACGUUUGACUGUUAUUUUACAGUUUUCAUCUGAAUGUCUAUUAGUUUUGAUAUUUUCUUUUGCCUCUCCUGGACAUCCACAAAUAAUCAAAUAGCCCAAAAAAUGUUACUAUAUCAAAGUUUUUUUACAUUUAUUUAACAUCUCGGAAUAACAGAAUAAAGGGAAAGCAUAUUAACUUUUACAAAAGUAUAUAUUAAGUAUAUUGAAAUAAGCAAUUUGGAGCAGUGCAUAUUUCGAAAUUUUGCAGAUAUUGUGUUAAUAAACAAUGAGUCAAAUUUUUUGCAUUUCCUAUAGCGACAUCUCUUGCCACGGAACAUUUUUCCUAGGAAAAAAAGGUUAUAAUCGCUGGGAGCCAGAUCUGGACUAUACAGUGGGUGCGGAAGCAAUUCAUGGUUCAACUAUCGUUUUCAUCGACUUGUGGCACGGUAUAUUGUCUUUUUUCUUCAACAAAUGAUUUAACACCUUGGUUGCGUUACGAGACAAAUAGACCUCGUAUUACACUAACGGCUGGCUGCUUCGACUGUGUCUAACGUACUGUGGCAAAGGUUCACUGGACAUACAUGCCCCGUAACGCACUCGAUGUAAGUUUAUAAAUAUCUCUAAACGCAGCCAAAGUGUUAAUUUUCGUUUGACAUUUCAGUCUUCAAACGCUCCAAUAAAUCAAUAUAGUAGUCGAUACCGAUAGUUUCUCUCGAUGUUAUAAAUAGUCAAUGAAAAUAAUUUCUUGUGGGUCCCAAAAAUUCAGUGGUCAUAACAUCUCCGGCGGUUUUCGCCUAUUUGGUCGCUUUAAACAAGUGCUGUCCACUCAUAUGGCUACCGAUUUGAUUCCGGAGUGAAGUGAUGGAUCCAUGUUUUAUACAUUCAUGCCUAUUCUGUAACUCAUUUCGAUGAUAGAAGUAAGGAAAAUCGAAUAGAAGUGGCCAAGUCGAAUAGAAAUAGCCAAACUCGGUAUUCCAUAACUCCCUCGGAAUCUCUACAAUCGGUAUAGUGAAUAGAAAUGACUUCGACAACAUUUACCCUGUCGAAAUUAGAUUUCGAUAAUCGGAAUUGUCCUUGACGCAAGCGCAUUGUAUUUUGUUUUGACGUUUAUAUUUUAUAUCUACUAAAAAUAGUUUAUUACUACUUAUUUACAGUAUUUUUACCUUUUGUAUUUGCUUAAUUUUUUAGUCUGUGGUGUUAUUUACUUAGGAAAUUAUAUACAGUAGGAAAAAUGAAAGAAUACCCAUGAACGAACAUAUAAAAUACGCUGUAUUUUCCUGUCACCGUGUCACAAAGAAAAUUGCCCAGCGCAAGUACAUGUAAUAAUUAUUGUCACAUGUACUUGCACUGGACAAUUUUCUUUGCGAUACGGUGACAGGAAAAUACAGCGUGUUUUAUAUGUUCGUUCAUGGGCAUUCUUUCAUUUUUCCGACUGUAUUUAAUUUAGUCAUUUUCGAGUAUGCAUUGAACCUAACCCCAUUUUCUUCGGCAUCUGAAUGCUGAAUGUUUGCCAGUCACAGUUCGCAGUGUUGCCAUACUUUUUUUUUUUAUUUAUUUCUUGUACAAUUUCAAUCAAUGGCAUAAUGAUUGUACAAAGACCGUUUAAAAUUAUAAAGAUAGACUUAUAGCGUUGAUUGAUAAAUAAUAUAAAAUAUUAUACCAGUUUACUUGUAUUUUUAUCAAUCAACGCUUAAAGAAAAGAAAAUAAUUAUAGAAAAUACGUCAUUUUUGGGAAAAAUUGUUUAUCAGUUAUUUUAGCUGGAAUCAAUACUUAAAUUGUAUAUUAUUAGUAAUAUUUUACAUCAUACAUCUUAUCUUUAUUUAUCAGUUGAUUUUCUUUUCUAUAACGAUUUUAAUUAAUUUUGAUUUAAAACCAUUUAUCAUCUUUUGAGCUUUUUGUGUAGAAUAUUUACACUAAUAUUUUGUUGUUUACUUUUCAAAACUUUUCUUUUUUGUUAUUUGAAAACUAUUUUUUAAAUGAAACUGUAUGUAAUGUGAUAGUACGAAAAAUUGAAGAUAUGGCAACGGUGUCGUAUUUCAAAUUUAGAACCAGUAACAAGCAGGCCACAGAACACUAAUUUCGCUUGACAAUGCGGGGUUGCCAUCCCUCCUGACUACGUGAAAUAGAAAUUGCCGAUUUCGAUUUACCUUUAUUUCGAUGUGAGUAUUACAGAAUGCCAAUCCAAACACGAAAAUGACGCGAUAGAUAUCAAACAUUCCGAAUUCAGGUAAUUACGAUUCGACUUGGUCAUUUCUAUUCGAUUUGAUAAAAGUUACAGAAUAGGGCUGAGAUUCGUUGUUAUUUUUGCGCUGGUGUGAGAAAUCGCGGACCCAUUUGGAAAACAACCUUGUCAUAAUAAUAAUCUGAUCUAAAAUAUCUGUAUAAUAGUUAAAACACUAUCCUUUGAUAACUUAAGAGUGUUGCUAUCUCUUUCAAGUUCAUCUUUGCGGUUUUCCAUAAUAAUUAUCAGCGUUUUUUUCGAUGUUUUCGUUUUCAUAAUCAAGACAAUCAUGUCUACUGCUGGGCGUAGGCCUCCCUCAGUUCUUUCCAGUGUUCUCUAUACUGGACCGCUUGUAGCCAGUUACCCGCUACUCUUUUUAUGUUGUAGGUCCAGCUAGUCCGUGGUCGUCCUCGGCUUCUUUUAUAGUUUCUGGACCUCCAUUCCAUGAUUCGUCGUGUCCACCGUCCAUUCUGUAUUCUAGCUAAGUGCCCUGCCCAGUUCCACUUACGCGUUGUAGCUCUUUCGAUUACGUCUGAACUCCUGAUCUUUGCCUGAUUUGUUGGUUUGCUAUAUGCUCUUGAAGGCUCACGUUUAGCAUUGCACGUUUCAUGGCUCGUUGUGUUACUCUGAGUUUAUUCGCGUUUAUUAAGUAGCUUCAUGUUAAAUGAGCUACAAACUUAUUUCAAUCCAUAACCUUUUGUGGAAGUUAAUAUCGUCCUAUGUAUUGAUUGGUAAUGUAGUUAACAGUCUUUAAAUAGUUUUCGUUCCAUAUUUUCGACUGUAUUGUCAAUAAUAAUAUUGAACAACUUGUCGAAUAUCUUGCUGUUGUUGUUUUCUAACUCUUAAAGAAUGUAUAUAGACUAUUUAUUUCUCUAUAUUUUAGACCCUUAUGUGAACAGUGUACAUAGAACUGGUUUUUGAAUGCCAUUGUUAAAACACGGAUUUUUCUAGGAGAUUUUAUAUAUUUGAGUACUUUUUUGUUACCAAAAAUGAAGUUAUCAAGCUUGCAUUACAUUUUCAUCACUGUCUUCAUGGUAUUCGCACUUUCGUUGUUAAUUUAUGGUCAUAUUAUUAGAUGAAUACGUCAUUUUUGGUAUACAGGAACAUAAGCAUUGCCGUGCAAUAUUACCUUACUAGAGUUAAAAAAAGAUAAUGUAAUUUUUAAGGGACAAAGUCCUUGUUUUUUUUUUGUAACUUUUAGGUUUGUAUAUUUUGUUUAUUUUUGUAUUAAGUUCAUACAUUUAUUUAAUUUUAAUUUGAAGUAAUAUAAAGAGAAGGUUCAGCAACUAGUGCGUUUAUAUACUUUCGAGAUAUAUAUUGUUUUAUACAUAAAGAUGUUUGUUUUGAGAGAAGUGACAAUCACUUUGUAUUAGAAUAAUUUCUGUUAAAAACACUACAAUUUGUACAAGUUUUAUUUGUAUGUGUAAAUUUGUAAAUAGAGUAAUUUGAUUUUAAA